CUACUCCGUACUUUGGAUCGUCUGAUAAACCUAUCUCUACUUCACCGCCCACUCUUUUCCCUUUUGCCCUCUACUUGUUCAGCUGCUAGGCGUCCUCGACCGACACACAACCUUCGUUCAUAGACUUGUUGCAGCAGCCACAAAAAUGGCUACGACGACCGCCACCGCCGCCACCACCAACAUCACCCGCGAGAAUGUCACCACCCUCUUCCCCGACGUCCACACCCGACUGAUCGGUGCCGACAUGGCCCCCAACGCGACGCCCGACCCUUCUCUCACUUCUCCGUCCACGUCGACGCCCAACGACGACCUGCUCGCGGGCUACGACGAGGAGCAGAUCCGGCUCAUGGACGAGGUGUGCAUCGUGCUGGACGACGACGACGGGGUCCUGGGGUCGGCCUCCAAGAAGGCCUGCCACCUCAUGACCAACAUCGACCGGGGCCUGCUGCACCGGGCCUUUUCGGCGUUCGUGUUCGACCCUCGGACGAAGAAGCUGCUGCUGCAGCAGCGGGCGUCGGAAAAGAUCACCUUCCCAGACAUGUGGACCAACACCUGCUGCUCCCACCCCCUGGCGCACCCCUCGGAGACGGGCGAGGGGGACCUGGUCAGCAACGUCCAAGGGGCCAAGCGGGCCGCCGUCCGCAAGCUCAACCACGAGCUGGGGAUCCCGGCGUCGCAGGUCCCCGUGGAGGGCUUCCACUUCCUCACGCGCAUCCACUACCUCGCCCCCUCGGACGGCAAGUGGGGGGAGCACGAGAUCGACUACAUCCUCUUCAUCGAGGCCGACGUCACCUUGGACGUCAACGUCAACGAGGUCAGGGACACGAGGUGGGUCGGCCCCGGCGAGCUGAGGCAGAUGUUCAGGGACGUCGAGACCAAGACCGGCAAGGACAAGGCCCUCAAGUACACCCCCUGGUUCAGGUUGAUCUGCGAGGGCAUGCUGUUCGACUGGUGGGACAGGCUCAAGGAGGGCAGGUUGGCCGAGGUGGCCAACGAGACACAAAUCAGGAGGAUGUUGGAGGCGGUCGAUGAGAAGCGGUGACCCUCCUUCUUUUUAAAAAAAUAAAAAAAAAUGAAAAAAAAUUUGGCAUACAAGGAAGAAGCGGUAGUGUUUUUCUUUCCCCUCGGACAGUAUCACACUCUUGAGAAGAGGUACUAGAAGAGGAAAAAAGGAGAUGGGAAAGAGGGAGUAAGGGGGAAGAGAGACCUCACGUUUACCUAUGCAUACGAUACCCUAAUGAAACGGAAAUUAGCAAG